AUGUCUGCGAAUAAUGACACAUGGAAGAGAGAGACCAGGGGGGAUGAACUUGCUGCUAUGAGGCUGCAGAAGCUGGAACAGCAGCGGCAGCUAUUUGAGAAGAAGCAACGACGCAAGCGCCAAGAGCCUCUCAUGGUUCAGGCCAAUCCUGAUGCUUCCUUGCGUCACCUGCGACCGCGGCCAUGGGUGGAGCGCAACCAGGGUGACAGCGGUCUUGGGAACCCUUUUCUCCAGGAGAAUGUGCCAGAGGCCCAUCUGCACUCUGCUGCCCACGGUGUCCUGGGCACCGUGAGCUGUGGAGGAGAUGGCAGCUGCGAGCAUGGCCCCCUUGCGUUGCCGACAGAUGCAGGCAGUUCCGAUUCUGACUUGGAAGAAGUGUCUGUGGAAAAUAUUCCUAUCUUCCCCCUACCUUAUAAGCAUCCUCUGGGAAUUCGACGCAGGGGUUGGCAACCCCGCCAACGACAUGGGGCCAGUGCAGAGGACAAGAGUGAAUCCCAGGAUGUUGGAGAUGAAUACGGGGUACCCAGACCUGGAUCAACCCCUAGAAUGGAUGAUGAUGAUUGGGGAAGCAGAGCCUUGGCAUCCUGCAAGAGGGAAGACCUGGAAGAGAAGGAAGAGGAGUCUGCCGGGACCAUCUCCUUGGUGGCGACUUACAAGGAGGACGAGGAGUUGUCCGAGGCCCCUGAAGGCGAGGGUGAUCUGGGCAACUUCAGUGUGGGAUUCGCAGCCGCUUUGCUACCCCUUGCCCCCGGCCCUCGGCUGGGCGAAGACAUGGAGGCUUAUGUCCUGAGACCCGCGCCGCUGGGACGCGUAGUACAGUGCCGCAUCCAUCGGACCCAGAUCCGAGUGGACAAGAACAACUACCCCUCCUACCACCUCUACCUGGAGUCGGCUGAUGGUGGGAAGCACUUCCUCCUGGCUGGGCGGAAGAGGAAAAGGACCAAAACCUCUAAUUAUCUCAUCUCCCUGGACCCCACAGACAUGGCUCGGGAUGGGAUGAACUUUGUAGGCAAACUCAAAUCCAAUGUCCUAGGUACCAAGUUCACCAUCUAUGACAAUGGGGUAAAUCCCAACCGGAAGAAUUUUAUUCAUGAGACUGCCCAGAUCAGGGAGGAGCUAGGAGUUGUGUGUUAUGAGACCAAUGUUUUAGGAUUCCGGGGGCCUCGGAAAAUGUUUGUGGUCGUUCCACGAAUGAACAGCCAGAAUCAGAGAAUUAGCAUCCAGCCACAAAAUGAACAGGAGUCACUACUGAGUCGCCUCCAAAGAGGGGACAGCCAUGGGUUGCUUUUGCUGCAAAACAAAGCCCCUUUGUGGAACGAAAAUAAUGGCACCUACGUGCUUGAUUUCCAUGGUCGGGUUACUCUGGCCUCGAUAAAGAACUUCCAGAUCAUGCUUCCGGAUGACCCGGACUAUGUGGUCCUCCAGUUUGGUCGCGUGUCUCCAGAUACAUUCACCAUGGAUUUUCGAUAUCCUCUUUGCCCGCUCCAAGCCUUCGCCAUCUGCUUAUCGAGUUUUGAUGGGAAACUGGCAUGUGAGUAA